UUCAUCGGCCACUCCUUCAUUUCGGUGGCUUGACUCGUUUGCGUUGAGCGGACUUAAUUAAGGGCGUCAGAGUAACUUCCUGCAGCAAGUUUCUGAUGUUGAGAGAAUCAAGGAUGUUGCAAUCGGUUGCUGCUGUAGUCUUGGCGCUGGGACUCGCAGGGUUUUCCCUUGUCACCGCCUUUAAUGGGGACCAGGUGGAAGUGCUCGAGCGCGUUCUAGAUGUUAAUGCCGAAGAAGUAAAGAAGUCAGCAGCAACCAACUCCCAGUGGUGGAAGGUCGAUCUUGGCAAAGGACAAUGCAUUUCAAAAGUAACCAUCCACUACCUUGGCGAGAGUUGCAGUGAAAGUCUCAAAGACGCCUUUGUUGUCGCUGGGACUGGCACAACCACGUUUGAGAACCAGCCAUGCGGGGCACCGAUCACUGCCAGUCAAGCCAGACCACCGGGUGGGUCCAUCCUGAGAGACUGUCGCCGACCGAUAUGGGCGCGUUACGUGUACAUCUACAUCCUUGUGCCUGCAACCAGCAUGCAAGGCUGUGAGGGUAGUGUGGACGCACUGUCAGGGCCACACUGCUAGACCAUUUAGGAUUGAUAACUCCCUACAUGACUUUAUGAACUAAUAAGACAAUGCUCAGUUUUGGAGAAGUUCGAGUAACUGUCGCCUUUUCUUUUCCUUCCCUGUCUCGUUUUAAACUUUAUGAUGAACCUCUUUGUAGUAGAAACAAGAUAGGUGUUAUUCGAAUAUUAUUUGUCACUUUAAUAGUCUACUAUCUUGCAAAUUUAACACCUGCUUGAUAGUUGACAGUUGUCUUUACACUUGGCCAUACAAACUUUCGUAAUAGGACAUUAGCUUAGGAUUAUGAAAGACGGACGGUAGUAUGUGAUUUCAUGUUUAGGCCACUCUUUUUUCGUUAGGGGUACGAUGGUUAGUUGAUUUGCAACAAGAUGCAAAAAGGAGCGUCUUCCUUUGCUUUAGGGUUUUAAAGAUCAAAGACGAAUAAUAAACUGCUUUUCACAUUUUCGUGGAUUUUACGUUAAGGUUUUACUUUCCUUUUGGUUUAUCGCAUAAUGGAACAUUUCAGUAUUCUUCCGUUUCUGAGUCCUUGGUCCGUCCUUUCAUCUGAGCAAAUAAAAGUAUCAUUUGCAUGUAAGCAGUUGAUUGGA